AUGGAAACCUCAAUUGCUUCCUCUCCCUCCAUUGAUAAACAAGAAAUAGUUGACCCAUUAUUACACUACGAUGUGCAGUUGGAAGAUCACACAAUGGAAAUUGAGAAACAAGUUGCUAGCACAGAUGUUGUAGUGACGGGGGAAAAAAACGCAACAAGAGGGCCAUCGACUAUACCUACUUCCACUCGUCCUCCAUACGAUUAUACAGAGCAUUUUACAAUGGAGAUUAUUUUUUCAUCCGAUGAAGCGUUGGUAGAUUGGAUAAGAUGCACUGAUAAACGACACGGAAUUGUCAUUGUAAUUAAGGGCUCGGAGAAAUGUAUUAAGAAUCGCACACCUAGGAUGAGGUUUUCAUGUGAAAGGAGCGGUAAGUAUAGGCCGUUUGUGAAAAAGAUUAAUGGGAAGGAGGUGGUUGUGAAGAAGAGAGUGCAGUCCACAGGCCCCAAAAAAUGUGAAUGCCCAUUUGAAUUGAAAGUUGUAAAGGGCAAUGAUGGUUUGAUUGUCUCUGUCCACAAUGACACUCACAAUCAUCCUCCAGUGGUGUACUUGGAGGGCCAUUUGUAUACCGGGAGGUUGUCGGCAGAACAGAUUGGUACGGUGGUUAAUUUGUCAGUCUUUUUGGUGAAACCCAGAGAAAUCUUAGCCCAUUUGAAGGUUCAAGAUCCUCAGAAUGUAACGACAAAUCAUGUACAAUGUAUGACAAAAAUACCGAGUGAUAGAGAAAGCUGA